AUGCCGAAUCAGCAAUGCAGUCUUUGUGGAACGACAGACUUUCCAGCAGGUCGAUGUUUCAGUGGUCACCAAGUUUCAUGCCAGAAGAAACAUCUGAAGUUGACGAGGGUGAAGAAGACAGAUAUACGUUCCCCAUCUCCUCCUCCACUUAUUCCACUUCCCAAUGACCUUCCUGAUCCACCCACCGUUCGUUCACCAUCUCUGGAUGAACUCCCCUCACCCGCUCAACUUCUCUAUGGCAUGCCUCCAGAUCCAUCUCCUCCCAAUCCACCACAACCAAUACCAUCUGCUUCUACUUUAUCCCAAACUUCUCAGAGGCCAAUGUGUCAGAGAAAACUCCCUCCGCAUUUUGAGGAUUACAAUCUCAGCUUCAAAUCAACCUACCUAUCACAAGUAAUCGCUGAAUCUCAGCCUUCCCAGCCUCUUCGCCAUCACUCUCUGGAUCCGUCCCCCGAGCCGUCUCCGUCCCUGCCUUCACAGGAACUAGGGACUCCCAUCAAUCACUGGUGUACGCCGCAGAAUGGACUAGGUAUAUACUGGAUAUAUCACUUCAGAUUACCUAGUCAGGAUCCCAAUGAAGACCUAACCAUUGAUGAUCUUGUUGCAUCAAAUACAUUCGCCAAGCUUGCUGGAGACGCCAGAGAGGGGCAGCAGCCCUCUGAUGUCCUUGGGCAGGUUGAUGAAGCAGCAGCUGUCCCACUGUCAUGCGGACCUCUUCCCAAUGUUACAGUCCAGUGCACAGUUGACUGGUAUUACAAUGUCGCGAACGGUGUCUUGUCCUAUAAAGCGCUGGAUCUUUUCAUUGAAAAUGUUAUUUGA